AGUGCAGUCUCCAAUACCGGAUCCUGACUACUCUGUGCGUAUGAACAUCACAUACGCACAUACAAACUGUUUAAGAGGUUGUGGUGCAAGAUUGCCAAUUAUCUUUUAUACUUAACCAAUAUAAGUUAUUGGUUCCAUUAAGUCACAUGAAAAUGCUUUUUAGCUUUAUUGCAAUAAUUGGGUUUUUUAUACUGCUAUUUGUAAUGCUCACAUAUACAGAGUAUGCAUUGAUUACUUUUUGUCUGUGUAAGGUUAAGUAGCUAACCUUCCAGUAGUGAAGAUCACAUAAACUGCUCACAUGACUGCCACCAGUGCCAGUGGAUGUUUUUGUGUUAUUGUUUUGUUUCUCUUCCAAGGCCAGACUUUAUAACUCUGCUGGAUUUAUUGAGGACAAACAAUGUUUCUUUAUGGCUCAUCUAACUUGGGUUUCUGUGACAAUGACAAUCACAUCUAUCUAGUACUGUUUGUCUUAGAACCUGUCAGCAUUAUCAACCAUGACCUUCAGACAGAGUCUGACAACAACAUUAUUCCACAUGGAAAUCAAGCUGGAUCCCAGGUAAGAGAACCAACGAAUGCCUCUGACCACCAACAGACCUGCACACAAGACAUCCAUGCUGUGCUGAGAGAGAUGAGCGCCUCGUUGGCUGAACAGAGGGUGGAGAUGAGACACUUACAGAGAGAGAAUGAAGCACAAGCAGCUAAGCUGAAUGAACUGGAGUUACAGAAGACUGAGGUGGAGAGGCAGAAGACUGAGGUGGACAAGCUAAAACAACAAAUUCAAGCACAAGCAGCAGAGCUGAUCACUUUGAAAGCCAGGUCAAAUGUCACAGAAAUCCAGGUGGAGGCUCUAAAGAGAGAUGGAGAAGUACAGACAGCAGAGCUAAUCACCAUGAAAGCCAGGACAAAUGUUACAGAAAACCAGGUGGAGGCUCUGAAGAGAGAUGGAGAAGUCAAACAGGUGGCUUUCUCAGCCUCUCUGUUGGCUUCAGGCUCAGGAACUCUGGGACCAUUUAACACACACACUCCUCUGACCUUCAGAUAUGUCAUCACAAACAUUGGAAAUGCCUACAACCCAAACACAGGUUUUUUCAUUGCACCAGUGAGAGGAGCCUACCACUUUGAGUUCUACAUAGGUGCAGAUGGAGCUAAUUCACAUGCUUCAGCUGUUGUAUUGGUCAAGAACGGAGAGCACAUUUGCAUUGCAUAUGAGCAUCAGACAUCCGGUUAUGGCUCUUCUGCUAAGGGCACCACACUGCUUCUAGAGGUCGGAGAUGUUGUGUUUCUGCGUCUGUGGGUUGACUCAAGAAUAUAUGACAAUGACAAUCACAGAAGCACAUUCAGUGGUCAUCUGCUUUUUACCAUGUGAAAGAGAAACAGUCCUUUUCUUCAGCUGAAUGAUAACUGUGCACACACUGCAGCAGUUUAUCAAUACUGUUGGUUAAAAUGUCAUUCAUUUUUUUUUCUUUUAUAUGAAAGCUGAUUAGCAACAGCUACAGCAAC